GAGAAGCUGAAACCAGGAACCGGAUUAUAACAGGAUAAAACUUUAGCAUGGACUGAGAAUCCCGGAAACUCUGAGCCCAGAGUGUGGAUCUGUGGUGCGCCUGUACAGAGAGUGACCACCCCAGGACCACUUACCCUGCUGUGUCACUGGCUAGGCUGUAGGAUGGUGUGACCACCCCAAGACCCCAGUGUGUUUCUUUAUCAAUUUCAUUAUCUGAUUAAGGCACAUCUGGACCACUGACCCCUCUGUACCGCAGCCUAUCAGAAGCUGAAUCAGUGAGUGAGCAGCUCAGGACCACUGACCCCCUAGCAUACUGACUGGUUUGCUAUCCCAGGGUGGACUGAUAGCACAAACUGGCACCGGUUCUGUUAUCUGAUGAUAAAACAGCGGAAUGACCUGAAGCGUAAGUUACAGAACAGCCUUGUGGGCUGACAAAUACCCUAGCAGAAUGUUAGCUCGGAAGAGCAUCAUCCCAGAGGAAUAUGUCCUGGCACGUAUCGCAGCAGAGAAUUUACGUAAGCCGAGAGUUCGUGACCGUCCACACAAAGCAAGAUUUGUGGCCAAGAACGGAGCCUGCAAUGUUGCUCAUAAGAACAUUCGUGAGCAAGGACGUUUCCUGCAAGAUGUGUUCACUACUCUGGUGGACCUCAAGUGGCGCCACACCUUGGUCAUCUUCACCAUGUCCUUUCUAUGCAGCUGGCUGCUGUUUGCCAUGAUGUGGUGGCUGGUGGCCUUUGCACAUGGAGACAUGAAUAUUUCAAAGGAGAAGUUCCUGGAACCUUGUGUAACAAACGUACAGUCUUUCACUUCAGCGUUCCUUUUCUCCAUUGAGGUCCAAGUGACUAUUGGUUUUGGGGGCCGAAUGAUGACAGAAGAGUGCCCUCUGGCGAUCUCGCUCCUGAUGAUGCAGAACAUAGUGGGAUUAAUCAUUAAUGCAGUAAUGUUGGGAUGCAUUUUUAUGAAGACAGCCCAGUCUCACAGACGCGCAGAAACCUUGAUCUUUAGUCGACAUGCUGUCAUAGCUGUGCGCAACGGUAAACUUUGCUUUAUGUUCAGGGUUGGAGACCUCAGGAAGAGCAUGAUCAUCAGUGCUUCUGUGAGGAUCCAAGUUGUAAGGAAAACUGUGACCCCAGAGGGAGAAAUUAUUCCCAUCCAUCAAAUAGACAUUCCAGUGGAUAAUGCUAUUGAAAGCAAUAAUAUUUUUCUUGUGUCCCCUUUGGUUAUUUGCCAUAUUAUAGACAGACGUAGUCCAAUGUAUGAUAUCUCAGCAUCUGACUUAUCUACACAGGAUCUAGAAGUUAUAGUUAUACUUGAAGGAGUGGUGGAAACUACUGGCAUUACAACUCAAGCCAGAACCUCCUACAUUACUGAGGAAAUACUGUGGGGUCAUCGUUUUGUGUCUAUUGUAACAGAGGAAGAAGGUGUUUAUUCUGUAGACUACUCCAAGUUUGGGAACACUGUAAAAGUGGCAGCCCCACGUUGCAGUGCCAGAGAGAUGGAUGAAAAACCAUCCAUCCUAAUCCAGACACUUCAAAAGAGUGAACUCUCGCACCAGAACUCACUGAGAAAGCGAAAUUCCAUGAGAAGGAACAACUCAAUGAGGAGGAACAACUCAAUGAGAAGGAACAACUCCAGCCUUAUUAUGUCAAAAGUUCAAUUCAUGCCACUUGAUCAAGAUGCAGCAGACUCGCUAUAGCAGAUGUCCAAGGACAAAGCCAUCUUUAGAAUAAUCAUGAUGUUCUGAGGGAUAUUUUACAAUUAGACCCUUUUGUUUAUGAUAUGAUUGGAUGGGAUUCAACUUAACUACCUGCAUCAGGAUGUUCAGUAAAAUGAAAUGACAAAUAUCAUAAUGUGAAUUUGACAAAACUCUGACUUGUCUAAAACUUUGCUUAAAAUCACAGGAUAACUGGUCACCCCCAGACAAAAAGAAAUUCAGUUUUUUUAAUCACAUUUGUACACAUCAGCAAGUUCACACACAUAUGAAUGGUCCACAAAUCCAUCAAUGCAUAAUGAAAUUUGUUUGUUAGCUGUCAAAGUUUGUAGGAACAUAAUGUAAUACUGAGGGGUUCAGCCGCAUCACAUGACCAGCAUGGCGGGGACCUCUGAAUGCAACCACCCCCAGGGAGCUCUGAACUUGCCCAAUGAAAAAUCUUAUCAUGAUGCUAACAAAAUGUUCACAUUGUUUAUAUUACCCUGAAUUUAAAUUUAUAGAAAUAUUGUUAUAAAUAUUUAUUUAUUCAAACAAUCACGUGUACAGUGUGAGACAAAUAAACAGGUAAACAGGUAA